UUGACUUGCAAUAGUUUCUCUAUGUGUCUAUUGCGUUUUACUUCAAAUUUUCACGAAAAUUUCAAUAUAUACCGAAUUUCAUUUUAGUUUUGUGUGUUUUUAUUGAAAUAUCAGGUUUAUCACACCCAUGUAAUAAGAAUGCCAGGAAAACCGAAUCGCAGAAGGUGUUCUGCGCCACUUUCAAAUAGAGGACGUGGACGGCCCAGAAAGCAGCCUACUGUAGAUAGUGUAGAAGAUUUGAGUUUUGUCCAAAAAGAAAUUCUGAACGAAGAGAAUCAGAUUUUGCUCGGUGAAGCUUCUGACUCUCGCAGGCCGCCGCUGAGUCUCGCAGGCCAUUGACUUGAAUGAGAGUCAGGAUUCAGUCGUGCAAUUGAAUCAGGCUCCUACUCCAGAUUUGUCGACAUAAAAUCUUGCUCGAGGGUUAUCGGGGUGGAUCAGGUCGCAAGGAUCCUGAUCCACCACCCAAUACUAAUUCAAUUCCAGCUUUCAAGCAGAACUCAUUUCCUUCCUGGAGAAAAAAGUUCUUCAUGGAUUGGCGUGAGGGUUCAGAUGGGCAACUUCAUUGCCUUUGCAAAACGUGCCGGAAGUACUUUUCCACGUACAAAAAGGCCUAAACCAACUUCUCGAUUCAUUUCGAACGAAGACAUAGUAAAGAGUGGAAGCAAUUUCAUAAUAAGGCGGACCAACCAUGCUCUCAUAGACAGCAACAAGCUUCCAUUACUGCCUUUACAACCGAGACAAAAAUCCACCCUUCUCGUCAAGCCACUUUGGACCGACUCGCAUGCCUGUCACUGGAAACAUUUCCCUCAUUUUUUUCAGGAAUCCGGAAUGGAAAUAAUUUUUCGAGGUUACAAGGCCCCAAACGAUUUCACAAUGAGACGGCGUCAUAUAGGAGAAGAAUAUGACCGGAUUAAGAUGCUCGUGCUGAAAAAAAUAUCUCAGAGCGGAUCGGUCACUCUGAUGCUUGAUAUUUGGUCAUCCAAACGAAUGUGCGGGUAUAUCGGCUUCAGCCUAGAAGGUGUUACAAUCAACUACGAGCAAUUCAACGCUUUUAUCAGCCUACGGCAAAUGACUGGCUGUCACACCGGGGAAGCUAUUCUAGCUGAAUUUGAAGACGUUCUUAAGGAAUGGGAUCUAAACAUCAAAACGGUUGUUCGAGUGGUGACCGACAGCGGAUCCAACAUGAUCCGGGCCUUUAAUCUCAGAUUAUUUCCCGACAUUCAACCGGGUGAGAACGGCCAAGCCGAACAGGAGGAGACGUUAGUGGAGGACUUUACUGAUGAAGAAGAAAUGAUAGAUCUCGUGCUAGAAUAUGCGGAUUCUUAUUCCAUUGCGGAGCUGCUUCAAUCCAGAAACCAUCCUGCUUUUAAUUCUUUGAUGACAGUUGAUCCUGACGAAGAGACCGAGUUCGAGGAAGUCCAGGAUGCUUUGGAUAACUCGUAUCUGAACAUUCCACGGGCGACCUUGGGUUUUCUGGAAGGUAACACGGAGUCGACAUACCAGAUGUUUUCCAAACUGCGAGCCUCUUGUAAAGGACAUGAUCUUCAACUUACUGUUAACGACGGCCUCAAAGCAGUUGACAUAAUUACUAAACACUUUUACUUUGGUUUUUACUUGUUUCGUGAUUGAUUAAUUUCCUAUUUUCUUACUACAGCCCCCGGUAGGAGCUGACAUGAAGCAUGGUGGAGCCAUCAUUAACUCUGAUCCGCCAUAGUUUCAUUGACACCGAAGAAGUUUUUUAAUCGGUCGGCUUCCGCCUCGUAGCGAAGAACGUGACUCGGUGGAAUUCUGAGAUGUAUUCUCUAACUUCCAUCAUCAAAGCUUUCGAUACUGAUCCUCAACUGCAAAACCGAUUGAAUGCUACGACGACGAAAUACCCAAAACUGUCUCCUUUAGAAAUCAAGCAGCUGAAAGAAACUGUAAUGGUUCUUACGCCUUUUCAAGAGGCAACGGACGACUUCCAAUGUGAUUACGAAACCAUUGGAACGGUCGUACCUGCGUACAUCAAUUUAUUGAACCAAAUUACCCUUACCGUCCAAUCAAACCGAGGAUCAGCUGAGCUCAAUCCGGUGAGCCCAUUCGUAGGAAAAAUCAACUACUGAAAGACUCUGGUCGAAGCUCUCAAAACUUCCUUGGAGACGAGAUUCUUUUUUAUUCUAAACGAAUUAGUCUACUUAGCAGGCGCGAUCCUUGACCCAAGGUUUAAAACACACUGACUGUCGUUUUCCGGGCUUAACCAAGAUGACGUCUUGGCAUGCGUCCGAGCGGAGAUAGAACAUCGCUAUUGCCGCCUGAAAGAGGACGGAGCGUAGGCAGACACAGCAGAAAGCUAUCGAAAUCGACACGGGAGUACUUCGAAUUCGUCUUUAGGAGCAGAAAAGUCUGCGAGCAGCGAAGCGCCGUAUUCGGCCAAAAGGGCACGGGGUCUCUGGGGUCUCUACAGCACCCUCAGCUGGUCAACUCGUCCACAUUCAGCUGGCCGAUCACGGGUGUUGGAUGAGUUUGACCAGUACCUUAACGAGCCAAACGCUUCAUUGGAAAUUCAAGAAAAUCCAUCCGAUGCUAAUUCAAAGAUCAUGCCUCUUCGCCCUUUGAAGUACUGGGACGAAAAUAAACAUCGGUUCCCUUUACUGGCACCGAUUGCACGUGACAUAUUGGGAAUCCCCACUACUUCGGUCAACAUUGAACAAUGCUUCGGCACAGCGCUAGACAUUUUUGCCAUAAAACGUAUCAACAUGAAGGUUGAUUUACUAAAUAUGCUACUCUUCAUUAAACGAAAUAAAAACUUUAAAUAGUU